UUUAGUUGCGAUGAUUAGACCGCGGAUCGUACGAAUUUAUCUGUUUUGCCUCUGAAAGAAGCAUUAUUAUUUGUAGCGCAUUUUGUUUUUCGGCCUUUAUGACUUUCGAAAACUGAAAAAUAUUAGGGGUGUUUUUUUUUUAACAGAUGAUGUUUUCCUGAAAGCUGGAAAAAUUUUUCAAAAAUAGGGAAGAAUUUUUAAUAUUUGGAGAAAUUCAUGUGAAGGACGUUUGCGUCAGAGGGCACAACGUGGUUUAUUUUUAGAUACAACUUCCUUAAGGAUAACUUAUCCAGAAACGUUCUGGUAGGGAUAAUUAAUUAUUUUUCUUUAGAUCAUUUGAAGAAGACUUUUGUUUGGAUAAUUCUGUAGCAGAUCAUUGGAUACACAAAUUCAGUAACUAUUGAUUCAAAAGGCAAAGUUUUUGAAAAUAAGGAUUCCAAAAUAAGGAUUAUUCUCUUUGAUUUGCUGCAUGUUGUGAAAGAUUCGGAUAUUUUCCAAAAUGUGCAGCAUGGUUUUUCCCGGAACACCUGUAGGACCAACGUUCAAAGCAAAGGCGCCAAACGCUGUAUGGUCACCGAGCAGAAAACGAGCCAAUCUUCAUCUCAACUGUAAUACACAGAACAAGACCGAAGAGCCUCAAAAAGAGCAGUUGGCUUCUUCUCCAGAAAGUACCAAAAAAAACGAGAAGGAAAAAGAAGAGACAAGUCCAGUUUGGCAGCCUUUUGGAGCUCCCUAUGAUGGUCCCCAGUUCCGACCCAUCAAGCUGGAGAUGAGCAGUACGAAAACUACCGCUGUCUCUCAGAGCAACCAACCAAAGACAAACGAAACUACAGAAAGUAAAACUGACUCUGGUGCUUCGAGUCUACAAAGUCAAACAGGCACCGCAUCGACAGCUGACUCCUCGGACAAGAAAACAGAAAGAGAUUCAUCUUCUCAAACCACAACCCCUACGACCACAUCUACAACUUUCACGAAGACUGGAUGGACCAGCAAUUUACCACCCUCUCAGAGUCCUACCAUAACUUUAUUGCAAAAAGCCAGAGAGGGACAGUUACCGAAAGGAGCAAUCUAUAUUGAUGAAAAGUCUACUGAUUCAGCUGCUCUGCCGAAGAACGCCAUUCUUAUUGAUCAGAAAGUGACCAUUGACGGGGACAAGGUCCAUACAGACAGCUACUAUGCUGUACCGACAGUAACAACAGAAUCUACGACGCACACUAUCAAAGCACCGCCAAAGUAUGAGGGAAUUGGUCCUACAGAGCAUGGAAUUCCAGUCAGUCUCAGAACGGCCGUCAAAGAGGAAUUUGCUAGCGACUGGUAUAAGACAAUGUACAAGUCUCUGCACAGGAAUCGAUAUCCUGAUGAUAAAUAUCAAACGGUUCAUCUGGGAGGUUACAUGUCCGAACCUGAGUUUGACAGGAAAGACAAAUUAAAGAGUAAAUAUGCAACAACGGAUUAUAGAAGGAAACCCGAGAAAUCAGUUUCCUACACAACAGAGCCUCCAUCUUCUCCAAACAUAUCAAAAAAGACAGGAACAGAAUCAUCUGUAGUUAAACACGAGCGGCAGAAUGUUUACAAAGUGGAGCCGCGCAGCAUCGCCGAAUACGAACCAGGACAUUCUUCCCUUGCGGAAAAAGAGUUUGAAAAGUUCUGGAGCGAUUUCUGGGACUCUAUGGAUGAUUUGCACGAACAUCUUGGAAGUAGUCCAAGACCUCAACAAGGAUUAGCACGUCGAUGGCCGAAUGUACUCCUUAGUGAUGGUUACGAAUCAGAUUCUACUCUAAUCAGAAAAACGGGUCGCGUGCCACAUGUAGACCCUGAGCAGCAGAAAGCAUGGUACAAAGAAAUCCAAAAAGGAGGUGAAAUCCCUUUCAUUGGACUUCGUAAAUCAGCUCCGGAAAAGCCGGCAGCGUCUCCGCACCAGUAUCAGGAAACGGAAGUAAAUAUUCAUUACCGAAGUCCAAUUCGUCAUCUAGAAAAAGAAUACAUCGAAGAAGAAGAACUGAGAAAGCGUCAAGAAGAUGCAAUGCGAAAACUUUAUGAGGAAGAAAGACGGAAAAAGCAACAACAAGAAUUGGCAGAAAUCGAAAUGAGAAGGCACAGUGACUUUUUUACACCGUCUCAGAAAUCACCUAUACCUCUGAACCGUUAUGACAAUCCUUUUGAGCUCGAUAACCGGCUGACAAUCACAAGGUCGUCCAGAGGUCCUCCCCCCAAAACAAUGGCAAGGGCUUUGUAUCCAUUUGUGGCACAAACGCCUAGGGAACUUAGCUUGAAUAAAGGAGAUAUACUCUACAUCAAUAAGCAAAUCGAUAAAAAUUGGUUUGAAGGCGAACAUCACGGCCUUGUUGGCAUAUUUCCUGUCACCUAUGUUGAGAUCAUCCCAAGUGAGAAAGCCAAUCUGCAGCCUCGAAAAGCUACAGAAGGAGAAGCGAUUGUCAGAUACAAUUUCCGCGCCCAGACACCAGUAGAAUUAUCCUUAUUUAAGGGAGAAAAAGUAGUUUUGACAAGGAAAGUUGAUCAGAAUUGGUAUGAAGGUCGCCUUGGAACAAAAAAAGGAAUUUUCCCAAUUUCUUAUGUUGAAGUGCUGCAAGAGCCAGGAGAGUGCUCGCUCGGAUCCAGAUCUAUAUCACCAAGGCCACCAGCAAGUCCAGUCUACAGUCCUAUCGUCAAUGGUUCACCACCAAAACAUGAGGGUCCAACAUUCAACACAGGAUUAAGGCCUCUGCAGAACAAACCUCCUCUAAAUCUGGAAAAAUUAGAAAACAAGUCUUCCCUAACGCAGUCACUUCACAUUGACACAUACAAUGAACCAAUCCCUUACCGUUCCUUGUACUCUUAUAAACCUCAAAAUGAUGACGAAUUGGAACUUAAAGAAGGUGACACUGUAUAUGUCAUGGAAAAAUGCGAUGAUGGUUGGUAUGUGGGUACUUCGUUGAGAACUGGUCUGUUUGGCACUUUCCCUGGAAAUUAUGUUGAAAGGAUUUAAGCCAUCUUUUACUUGGAGAGAACGAAAAGUCAUCAUGUGUUGCGUCUAGUCCAACUUACUUAAAACGAAAAUGUGUCUUCAAUGGAUGGAGAAGGAAAAGAAAUAUAUCUUGCAAAUCAAAAUAUGUACAUAGUUUCAUGAUAUAUGAUUCAAUAAAAAAGAACUUUUAAUAGAAAUACAGAAUUUAUAAAUGAAAGCCUUUUGCGAACUGUUGAAUUUGUCUGAUUGAUUUUAAUUACAUAGAUAUACCGUUAUUGGAUGUUUAAAAUAAAUCUGAGAAAAAAUUCAUGUAUAUUAUUUAUGUCAUUCAUUUUACAUUUAGUGUCAUUUUGAGAUGUCAUCUAUACACAGACAUGCAUAUUAUUUGUAACACUUGCAUUUACCAAAAAUUUUUAAAUAAAAGAAUGUUUUAAAGUUA